AUGCUGAUUCCUUUGAGAAUACUUAUCGCGUCCUUAGCGAUUUGUAUUAGUUUACCAUGUAUUCUGGCAUUAUACGAUAAAAGUGGUCCAGUUACAUUGGUAACAGAAAAAAACUUUCGUGAUGUAGUUUUACUAACAGAACAAGUCGUUUUAUUGGAAUUUUUCGCGCCUUGGUGUGGACAUUGUAAAAAUCUUGCACCAGAGUACAAAAAGGUUGCUGAAAAUCUUAAAGGUCUUGUAAAAGUAGCAGCCGUAGAUUGUGAUGAUCAAUCAAAUCGAAACGUUUGUGGUGCUUACGAUGUUAAAGGUUUUCCAACAAUAAAAUUAUUUCCAAGUCAAGCAGUACCAGAUAAAAAAAAUUCUAAUUAUAAUGGACCAAGGACAGCAAAUGAAAUUGUGAAAUUUGCACUUUCUGAAAUACCAUCUUUUGUGCUACCAAUUUCCAAUAAUAAUCCAACAAAGAAAUCGUUCACUAUUGAAGAAUUUUUGGCCAAAGACAAUGAAACGAUGUCAAAAGUUAUAUUAUUUACAAAUAAAGAAAAAACCACUCAUUUAUAUAAAGCGUUAUCGGUGGAAUUUCAUAAUCGAUUAUUUCUGGGAGAAGUUAGACAAAAAGAAUCUUCAGUUAUUGAGAAAUUUGAUAUUAAAAAAUUUCCGACAUUACUUGCUAUAGAUAAAAACACCAAUGAAAUCACGGAAUUUAAAGGGAAAUUCAAUUAUGAAAACCUGAGCAAAUAUUUAAAUAAAUAUGCUUUGCCCAAAAAGAAUCCCAAUGAGAAAAAACCCGAGAAAAAGAAAGGACCUAAAAUAGAACUUGAACCAUAUAAUCCUGAAAUAUUAGAUGCAAAUUCACAAGCAAUACUUGAUAACGAAUGUUUGUCAAAAACGGGAUUAUGUAUUUUUACAUUUUUACCUUUAGAAACAGAAUUUGAAGAAUCAAUUAAAGAACAUGAAUCAAAUAUUAAAAUAUUAAAAAACGUUAAGGAAAGUCUCCAUAGAGAAUUAGGAAAUUCGAUUUAUUUAAGAUUUUUAUGGUUUAAUUCAUUAGAAAGUGGUUCAAAAAAAUUGAUUAAAGAUUUUAAAUUAGCCGAUGUUUUUCCGGUUUUGAUGAUUUUAAACCCAAAUAGAAAGGUAUAUAGGCCUUAUCUUGGACCUUUUGACGAAGAAAACAUUGAAAAAUUUUUGAAAGAGGUUAUUAAAGGUAAAGGAAAAAGUUUUGAAUAUGAUUUUAAUAUUACUUUAAAAUCAAAACGCGAAAAAGAUGAAUUAUAA